AUGAAUUAUCAAGAUGACUUACUAAAUGAUUUUGCCAGUGAUGAUGAGUCUGAAAAUGAAGUUGAUGACGUAGAAGUGGGAGAAGUAGUUAUUGAAGAAGCAGAAGAGUUUAUUAAAAAUGAACAAUCAUUGGAAGAUGAAAUUCAAUCAAUUGUUAAUAGUUCCAUUUCCAUACAAGACCAUUUACAACAAUUAGAUAUUGAUAAAGUAAGUGAUAUUUCCAAACAUUUGAAGAUUUUUAACAUCAUUCCUCAAUUAAAACAAAGAUUAAGUACGUUUGAUGAAGAAACUUCGGAUUUUCUUAAACUUAUUUCCAAUUCUGAUUAUGAUAAUGAUGAAUUCAUCUUCUUUCAAACAGCUAAUCAAUUAAUUAACAUUAUUGAUCAAGAAAUCGAAUGUUUAUUCAAAUUCAUACGAUUUAAAUAUUCUGUUGUAUUCCCUGAAUUGGAUUCCAUCAUUAAUAAUCCCAUUGAUUACAUAAAAAUCAUUCAAAUUAUAAAACAAGAUUUAAUCAAUAUCAAACAUUAUGAGGACCAAUUCCAUUUUUUGAAUAAAGAUAAGAUUUUGGUUCUUAUAAUGAGUGGAUUACAAAAUGUCAAAAAACAGUUUGUUCUUAAUGAUGAAGAUUUCAAUCAAAUCUUAGUAAAUUGUGGAAAAGUUAAUGAAUUGAUAGAGAUAUCGGAUAUUUUAAGUAAAUUCAUACAAAGAAAAUUAGCUGAUUUAACUCCUAAUUUGAAUAAAUUGAUUGGCCCUAUUACUACAAGUCAAUUAUUAAUAUCAUGUGGAUCAUUAAAUCAAUUAUGUCUCACCCCAUCAUGUAAUUUACCAUCUUUAGGUAUCAAACAAUUAUCAUCCAAAUCUAAGAAUUUGACCUCCAAAAACAUUCAAAUGGGUUACAUAUUUGAUAAUGACAUGAUCAAAUAUUUACCUGAUAAUAUUCUCAAGUCCAGUAUUAGAAUACUCAGUGGUAAGAUCAUCCUCGCUGCUAGAAUUGAUUUAUCCAAGAGUUGUAAUGAUGGCUCUAUCGGAGAGAAAUUUAAGAUUGAAGUUCAAGAGAAAAUUAAUAAAUUAUUAACCCCUCCGGAAUCUAAAGGAGAUAAGGCAUUAGCGAUCCCAUCGGAAUAUAAAUCUAAGAAAAGAGGAGGGAGAAAGAUAAGAAAGUUGAAACAAAAGUUCCAGCUCUCAGAACUCGCCAAAGCUCAGAAUAAAGUUGAAUUCGGUAAACGAGAAGACUCAGUUAUUAAUCAAUUCGGUGAAGAAGUUGGUUUUGGUAUCAUUAAGAAUUCAUCAUUAAAGAAAUUCAAUAUUAAUACCAAUACUAAUGCUAAAUUAUCAAAAGCUUUGAAAUCCAGAUUGGAAAAUAAUGAUAAUGAAAAGUCUAAACAUUUAGAUUCUUUUGAAAUCGAAACCAAACCCAAAUCUCAAAGUAUAGACGAUGAAUUUGGGGAUAUUAUCUUGAAGAAAUCUAAAUGGGUUAAUGACACAAUGAAGAAAUGA